UACUAGUGCGAUGUCUAGAGCUAUGGUUAAUAUCCAAGUUCGUGGAAUAUCAAGUCGGGUACUUUACUCAUCACAUCAUGUACACUCAUUUCAUCAAAAUAUGUUUGCGUAGUCUUAGGGAUAUUCGUGUAAGCGGCAUCGAAUAUGUUGAAAUUUUAUAAAUACGCGACACGAAGUAGCAUGACUGCAUUGUGGUUCUACGUAUGUGUGUUCCUACCAUUGGUGUUUGAAAAGUGCAACACCGCAGAACGAGGGUCAAAAUGCAUAACUCCAAAUCAAGAGGUAGCUUCCUGCACACCAAUAACUACAUGUCACAUAAUUAGAGACGCUAUAACAACUCGGAACCAAAGCGCUAUAGAAUUUGCCCAAAAAUCGCAAUGCGGGCACGACACCGAACCAUUAGUCUGUUGCGGUACCUCGGCUUACUCCGCGGAACCGUACUAUUUCAGUUACUUUACCAAGGCACCUGCAACGCCUCCUCCUAAAAAACUAAUACCUGGUCUGUCGUCUGUAUCGACAAAUACACUACCUGACAGAACGAUAUGCGGGAUUGAGAGAGAGUCACAAAGACUAAUAGGCGCAACAGUAGCGGCAAUAGACGAAUUUCCGUGGAUGGUUUUAAUUCGAUAUAAUAACGACCAGGGAGAGGAUGUUGGAUUUAAAUGUGGAGCGACGUUGAUCAAUAACCGAUAUGUUUUGACGGCAGCUCAUUGCAUUUUAACAUCUCCAGAGCCGAUCUCUCCAGUCAGCGUACGAUUAGGAGAAUGGAAGAUUUCGACAGAUACCGACUGUGUUUAUAAUAUUGCCAUAAGUACGUGCUCCGAUUCCGUUGUUGAUGUGAAAAUUGACCAGCAAACGCCGCAUCCAUAUUUUAGCUCAAGCAAUGGAAACAACGAUAUAGGUCUCUUAAGAUUGGAAAAGGACGUCCUAUAUACAGAUUUUAUACGUCCGAUCUGCCUACCCGCAGUUGAUGUGCCCCCACCUCCAAUUGGGACCCUGAUGACGGUUAGUGGUUGGGGUGCCACAGAGGAGGGCAAUCAAGCGGAUAUUAAAUCCAAAAUUGAAAUACCGCUUAUUUCAAAUUCUGAUUGCGAAAAAACAGUUUCGAAAUACACUCGUAUUACUCCAAACCAGGUGUGUGCCGGGGGCGUUGAAGGGAAAGAUGCCUGCAAGGGAGACUCUGGGGGCCCACUCAUGAGGACUUACGUUGAUGACACCUCUCAAUGGUAUCAGGAAGGAGUUGUUUCCAGAGGCAGAGGUUGUGGAAAGAAAGGAUUCCCUGGUGUUUACACGAGAGUUGCUAGAUAUGUUAAUUGGAUUUUAAAUGUAAUUGCGGAAGGAUAAUUGUAAGAUUCAUUGUGUUUUUAUAUCUUCUGUAUAUUUGUAAUAGCACUUAAGAAUUGUGUGGGCAAUCGUUGGUUCUUUAUAGCUUGUUAACCUUAAGUAUUUGUUAGCAAAAUGACCACAAUUAUUAAUGUCUUAAUAGUUAUAUGUGCCAUGGGAUAAACAUUUAAGUACUGUC